AUGCCCAUCACAGUUUCACAAGAAGUGACGGAAACAGCCCCCGAGGUAUCUUGGGCCGCCACCAAGACCUACCUGGGCUCCCGUGUCUCUACCCUCAAACCUCCCAAGUUGUCUGCUCAAGAAAAACGUUGCCUGAAUCCCAUCUACGUGCUGCGUCAGCUCGGCAAGAAACAGUGGCUCUUUUUCUCCGUGGCCAUCCUGGGCUGGAUCUGGGACGCCUUCGAUUACUUCUCUGUGUCUCAGACUGCGACCGAGAUCGCCAAGGAUCUCGACAUGUCUGUGGCGGACAUCACCUGGGGUCUUUCUAUUGUGCUCAUGCUGCGUUCGAUCGGAGCCAUCAUCUUCGGUCUGGCCUCCGAUCGAUUCGGACGUAAGUGGCCCUUCAUCGUCAACAUUGCCAUUUUCUCCAUUCUGGAGCUAGGAACCGGCUUUGUGCAAACCUACACCCAGUUUCUGGCUUUGCGUGCACUGUUUGGAAUCGCCAUGGGCGGCAUGUUUGGCAACGCUGCCGCCACUGCCCUGGAAGACUGUCCCCCCGAGGCUAGAGGUCUGAUCUCAGGAUUCCUCCAGGCAGGCUACGAUAUCGGCAACCUGCUCUGUGUGAUUUUCACCCGAGCAAUCGUUCCCAACUCCAAACAUGGCUGGAGAGCCCUCUUCUGGUUCGGAGCUGGCCCUCCUAUUCUCAUCAUGGUCUUCCGAGCAUUCCUGCCCGAAACCGAUACCUAUAUUGCCUCCCGAAUCAACAAGGAAGACAACAGCACCGUGGAAAUCGAUCCUGAGACCGGCCUUCACAUGCAGCCCGCCCAGAAGGUGGGAACCUGGGCCUCCAUUGUCAUUUUCAUCAAGGGUGUCGGACACACACUCAAGGUCCACUGGCUUAUGUUCACCUACCUGGUUGUCAUGAUGGCCGGUUUCAACUUUAUGGCCCAUGGCUCUCAAGAUCUAUAUCCCACCUUGCUAAAAAACCAGCUCAAGUUCUCCAUUGACCGGUCUACUGUCACCAACGCUGUUGCCACUCUCGGUGCUCUUUCGGGCCAGGUGACUAUCGGCCAUCUUUCCAACGUCUUUGGUCGGCGACUUUCUGUGAUCAUCUCCUGCGUCAUUGGAGGAGCUCUCAUCUACCCCUGGGCCUUCUCUGGCGGAGGAGCCGGUAUCAACGCCUCUGUCUUCUUCUUGCAGUUCUUUGUUGGCUGCUGGGGUAUCGUUCCCAUCCACCUGUCAGAGCUGACUCCUCCUGCCCUGCGAACCUCGCUUGUCGGUGUCGCCUACCAGCUCGGUAACCUGGCGUCUGCUGCAUCUUCCACUAUUGAGGCCAAAAUCGGAGAGCGGUUCCCUAUUCUCGAUGAGCACGGAAACCACCUCCCUGAGGAGUAUGAUUACGGCAAAGUCAUGGCCAUUUUCAUGGGCUGCGUGUUUGCCUUCACCAUGAUCGUCAUGUUCCUGGGACCCGAGAAGCGAGGCUCCGACCUGUGUGCUCCUCAGUACGAGGUUACCGACGCCCAGACAGCCGCUGGAGACGAGAAGUUCGAAGACAAGGAGAAGGUCGAGGAAGUUGCCAUCGAACGAAUCGACACCAAUCUCACUCGUUAA